UAAAAGCAGCCGCAUUUGACUCCAACAGCUAAAUAUUUAUCUAUAUUAAUCAGGCACAUGUACAGGCUUGUCGUACUCAUGCCGCCCGACCCUGAGAGAGGUUCAUGAUCCAGCAAUGGGCUCAUACUGUAGAACCUUGCACAGAUCUCUGCACCUACUGAAACCCAUCACCUGCAACUGGCCAGUCACCUAUCUCGCAUCCAGUGGGUUCAUAGUAACUCAGAGACUCCACCUAUGCAGCAAGCAGUCCACCCACAGCCCCUCACCUCAGCCUCAAAUUAAUGACAACUCAGUGGAAGUUCUUGGCCAUGUCUACCCCCGAGAUGAUAUGACCAAUGUAACUGCCAAAAUCCUGUCCAAGGUGGGCCGCGAGCUUCACAACCAGGCCCACCACCCACUGUGGGUCAUUAAAGAACGCAUCAAAGACCAUUUUUAUUGCUCCUACCUUAGCCGUUCAGGCACCCCGCUCUUCUCUGUGCAUGAUAACCUGAGCCCUAUAGUCACGGUGGAGCAGAACUUUGACAGCUUGCUCAUUCCUGCUGACCACCCCAGCCGGAAGAAGGGUGAUAACUACUACCUGAACCGCACUCACAUGCUGCGUGCCCACACCUCCGCCCACCAGAAGGAGCUGGUGCGUGCUGGCCUCGACUGCUUCCUCUUAGCUGGAGACGUGUACAGGAGAGAUGAAAUUGACUCCAGCCACUACCCCGUGUUUCACCAGAUGGAGGGAGUCCGACUUUUCUCCAAUCACGAGCUGUUUGCCCGAGUGGAGAACGGAGAGGACUUGUCUCUCUUUGAGCACGGUGGUCACCGCACACCACAGAAGCAGGAGACACAUACCCUGGAGGCUGUGAAGCUGGUGGAGUUCAACCUCAAACAGACACUUACUCGCCUCAUCAGGCACCUUUUUGGAGAAGACCUAGAGAUCCGCUGGGUGGAGUGUUACUUCCCUUUCACACAUCCUUCCUUCGAAAUGGAGGUGCGUUUCCAGGGCGACUGGCUGGAGGUGCUGGGCUGUGGUGUGAUGGAGCAGGAGCUGGUGCACUCAGCGGGUGCGGAGAACAAGAUGGGCUGGGCCUUUGGAUUGGGUCUGGAGAGACUCGCCAUGGUUCUGUUUGGUAUCCCGGACAUCCGUCUCUUUUGGAGCCAGGACGAGCGCUUCCUCAAGCAGUUCCAUCUGUCCAACAUCUAUGACCCCGUCACCUUUCAGGCCCUCAGUAAAUACCCACCGCUAUUCAAUGAUAUCUCCUUCUGGGUACCUGCUGAAGGCUACACAGACAAUGACUUCUACGAUUUGGUCCGCAGCAUUGGAGGAGAUUUGGUGGAAAAGGUCACGUUGGAGGACCAGUUCACUCACCCAAAGACAAAGAAGGUGAGCCACUGUUACCGCAUCGUGUACCGGCACAUGGAGCGAACCCUGACCCAGGAGGAAGUGCGCGUGAUUCACCACGCCAUUGAGCAGGCAGCUGAGCAUGAGCUAGGGGUGCAGGGACGAUUCUAAGCCUGCAGUCCAUCUCUCCUCAGCCUAAAAGCAAUACAAAGGAUGUGGAUUCUCUCAAGUGGUACCGUCUAAGCAGUAACAACUUUGCAGGACUUCUGUCUUCUCAAAAAUAUCGCAGGUCUUCUACACAUUCUCAUACAUGUCAAUGAUUUAAAAGGUGGACCCUAUAUUUGUAACGUAGGUGAUCUUUCUGAACAGAUUUCCUCUGCCUUACUCUCUUUUAAAAAUGAAAAAUCAGUGUUCCCUCACAUUCUAUACAAGCAUUUGACCUUGAACCUCUCCUCCAGGUCAUCCAGCCUCAUUAUUCGCACACUGUACAUGUGCAGCAUUCUCAAAUUCCUGUUAUCCUGCUGCCUCCAGCAACCUUUCAUCCGAGAGCACUGAGAGGCUGAACUUAAAUACCUCCAUCACAUCAGUGUGUCGCCCAGAGGGAAUGUCCUUUGAUUUAAUACAGACAUCGUCUAGGCCGUUUACUCCCAUGGAUUCAGGCCAACAACGAAAACGAAUGAAAAAGGGGUCAGGGAGGACGCUUGCUCUAUGCUCGUUUCUAGCUUUGCAUUUUCCUAACGACUAUUUGAGGUGGCACAUAAUGACAUUGCCUCCAGGAGACUAGUCAGAUAAUUAAAUGCUUUAUGAAUAGUCAAGGAUAACAGAAAUAAACAGAAAUCUGAACGGGUCCUGUAAUGUGUGUUGUUAGAGUUAUAAUAAACGGAACAUUUGGAUAACUCA